AUGCUUUUUCGUAUAACAGCUCAAACACGUUUAACUGAUGCAUGUUAUAGUCUUCGUUAUUCACCGCAUAUACUUAACCAACUAGCUAUUGUUUCAUGUGAAAAUUUUGGUAUUCGUGGUCGUAGUACAAUUCAAUUAAUUAAUAAUCAUGAUCAAUUAAUUUUUAAUUGGUCUGAUGCAUUAUUUGACAUGUGUUUUGUUGAAACGGAUCCAUCAUUAAUUGUUUCUGCUAGUGGUGAUGGUUCAAUAAACCUAUGGCAACUGAAUAAUACAAAUUCUUUACCAUUAUUAUCUUUACAAGAACAUAAACGUGAAGUAUGGUGUGUUCAUUGGAGUGAAAGUCGAUCAAAUGAUGCUUUACUUAGUACUUCAGCUGAUGGUACAAUUAAAUUAUGGAAUUUUAAUAGUUCACCUACUGUUUAUAAAACUCUAUCAGGACAUGAAUCAGUUGUAUAUGAAGCUCGAUGGCAUCCUCGUCAAUCUGGUCUUAUAGCAUCUGUUUCAGCCGAUUGUUCACUACGUCUAUUUGAUAUAAAACAAUCAUCAGAUAUUGUUAGUCCACGUGCACAUCCAACUGAAAUUCUUUCUUUAGAUUGGUCAAAAUAUGAUGAUCAUUUAUUAAUAACAGGUGCUUGUGAUAAUCGUCUCCGUUUAUGGGAUAUUCGUAUGAUAACAAAUGCAAUAACAAUUUUUGAAGGACAUGAAGCUGCUAUUCGUCGUGUUAAAUUUGAUCCACAUAGACGUGAUCGUUUAGCGUCAACUGGUUAUGAUGGACAAUUGAAAUUAUGGAAUUUAAAUUCAAUAAAUAUACAUACAGAACGUAUUUGUAAAGAUUUUAUUUAUGGUCUUGAUUGGAAUUUAUUUGAACGAGAUAAAUUAGCUAUAGGUGCUUGGGAUCGAAUUGUACGUCUAUGUGAAAUUGUUUCAAUGUAG